GGUUUCGCUGUCAUUGUUUCGCUUCUUGCAAUGGACAAACGUCUCGACAAACCUCAAACAUGGCGCCAGUUCUCGCGACUACCCUCAACAGACUAUCGCGAGAUUCUCUACUUGAUCUCGCGGUAAGAUGGCUCGAUCAAGACCGGGCGGCUACGCCAUACCUUUGCAGCAAUCGCAGACUAUUCGAGGCCGACGAGGAGGAUUAUCUGUAUGCGCCGGCUGCAACUGUCGCAGAAUUACGCAGGAUAUACAAGGAACUGCAGAAAGAUUCAUCUCUGGCUUCAAAAAGGAACGUCAUCGAUCGAGUAAUCGACGGCGAUUGGCGUAGGGGGUUCACCUUACACCAACAUGCAAUGGUUGACUUUGCAUACUUGGAACAAAACGACACUGCGCUGAGAUGGUCGGCUCUACGCCUAGUACCACUAGAAGCAGCGGAGGAAAGCUCAUCAGAAGACUCUGACACUCAGCCUCCCAGUAAAAGGCGGAAACACAACUACGACGACGCGGAAACGAAAUAUCCUCAGAUCUCGGCGCAGACGUUCCUUUCGACGUUGAAGGAAGAGAUCUCGCCCGUGGUGAAAGCGCAUUAUCAUCUCCACAAGAUCCCUUCACCACACAACUUGCAUAUCAUACGCCUCUACUUCCUCCCCAAUUCUACCUUUGGCGGCCAUCGGACGAGUAUUCCUCGACGUCCAAAGCAUGCCACCGAUACCGCUCGAGUCAUGUAUAUCGCGCUUCCGGACAGUUGCCCUUAUGUUUACGUGUCUCUGUCCGGUGCAACUGGCUCGAAGUCGCAGAGCAAAGGGAUCAAGAAUUCCAAGGCAAGAGCCAUGGCAAAGAUGGAUAUGGCGGCGUUGAAGAAGAUCGUGCUGGAAGCGAUACCCAAGGCAUUGUCACGACCACACCAGCGCUGGGCAUUGGAAAGCACGAAGCUCAACGCUCGUUCGUUGCGGGCCUUGGCUGAACUGAAGGGGAAUCACAAACCCGGUUCAGGAGGAGGUGCAUACAGCAAAUUUGCGGAAGAUGAGAGGGCGCCCAACGUGGUGAUACUCGACACGCCAAUUCGUGAAGAUGAAGGAACUGAAGAUGAGAGCAGGAAUUUGAUGGUGGCAAAGAGAUUCGGUGCCAUGAAUGGAAAACACCAUGCUGCACUUGAUCGCGUCCAUGUCAAGCUCCAGGGUUUGGUAGAAGCCGACACCACUACAACUACCACCAUCACCACGGACAGUCAGGGACAGGAGACAUCAGAUGUUACCUUGGUUUUCAACGGGACUGAUGUUUUCAAGGGCUUGGAGCAACUUGCACAGUUGGGGGGGCAGUACGUGGAUUUGACCAAAAUGCCGGCGUGGAUGACUGGAGAGCUUGGAGUUAGCAACAUGACUGUAUAGAAGGUCGGUGGUGCAGACUAGAGACUGUUGGAUCAUGAUAUGUUACGACGAUGAUGAUGACGUUGGUGUUUGCUGCAAGGCGUUGGUGGCCCAUUCAAGGAAUGGUUGACUUUAUACGGAGCACAAAACUACGGAGCAAAAAAAUUGCAGAGAACGUAGUGAUGAGCGUGUCUGUGAGCGGAACCCUGGCAACGAUUGGUAUCCGCUUGUCUGCUAAGAUGUCAAAGUCCAGAAGAUCCAUGACUUGCUCCGUACCUAGGCAUAAUACGGAGUACGCGACGCGACCAACCCAGAGAUGCACGGGAUCCUUGCAAGGUACCUAGGUGAUCAUCACCGUCGUCAAGCUUUGAGGAGUGGAAUGAAUCUAUUCUGUUUGUUCCAGUUCUGUCCUGUCCUGUGGAGGAACUCCGGUAAUCUUACAAAAGCCAGUUAUUGUUGUACCUAAUGCCUCAAGAGUAUUCAAUAGUACGUGCUGGAG